UUUCCUCUUCCAGUCGCUUCCAUUCCCUUUCUUCCUCGACUCUGCUUCCAGACCUCAGAAACUCAUACCAAUAAAACUCCCCGAUUCUAUCAAUUCCACAAGCAGCCGAGGUCCGAUUCAAUUCCGAAGGAGAUGGAGUCAACCCCUUCUCGUCGUCGACGGAAGUACGAUGUGUUUUUAAGUUUCAGAGGGCCAGAUGCGCGCAAGUGUCAAUGCAUGAUUUGCUACAAGAAAUGGGCCGGGAAAUAGUUCGUCGAGAGUCUCCGAAAGAGCCAGGCAAACGUAGUAGAUUAUGGUCUCGUGAAGAAAUCCACAAUGUGCUGAAGAAAAAUAAGGGAACAGAAGCAAUCCAAGGCAUGGUAAUGGAGUGGUCUGAAUUAGAAGUGGCUCAUUGGAAUCCAGAAGCCUUGUCAAAUUUGUCUCAACUUAUUCUUCUCCAUAUUCAUAAUGUGGACCUUCCUAAAGGCCUUACCUGUCUUCCUAAUUCCUUGAGACUCCUGGAAUGGCCUGGCUGUCCGUUAAGAUCUCUCCCACGAACGUUCGAACCAGAUGAACUUAUUGAACUUAACUUGUGUCACAGCAAUAUUGAACAUCUUUGGAAGGGAACAAAGAAUUUUAACAAGUUGAAGUUCAUCAAACUCUGCCAUUCUCAAAACAUUGUGGAGAUCCCAGACCUUGCAGGUGUUCAGAAUCUUGAGAGUUUAGAGCUCGAAGGAUGUAAGAGUUUGGUAAGAAUCCAUCAAUCCCUUGGAUGUCUCAAAAAGCUUAUUGUCCUGAAUCUCAAAGACUGCAAAAGUCUUGAGAAUCUGCCAGGUAGAAUUGAAAUGGAAUCUCUUGAAAAAUUAAUUCUUUCUAACUGCUCCAAAAUUAAAAAGAUUCCCGAGUUUGAUGGAAAUAUGGAGCGUCUGUCUGUGCUUCAUCUUGACGGGACUGCCAUUGAGGAACUGCCUGUUUCAAUUGGACGCCUGAGUGGCCUUGUGUCAUUGAAUCUAAGUAACUGCAGAAAUCUUGUUCGUCUUCCAAGCACCAUCGUUCAUUUAUGCAAAGUAGUUUGGGGAUCUUUAAAUAAGUUCUUGCCUUCUGGAUUGCAAAAAGUGAAUGGAGAGCCAAUGAGUUUCAGCUUGCCUAGGCUGUGUAAUUUAAUAGAUCUGAACCUGAGUAAUUGCAAUCUUGGUGAAGGAGCAUUUGCCAAUGAAUUCAGUUACUUUCCCUCUUUGGUGACCUUGAAUCUAAGUGGAAACAAUUUAGUUCGUCUUCCUUCAGGCAUUGGGUCGCUUUCCAAGCUUGAGUACUGUAAGUUGAAGAAUUGCAAGAGACUUGAAGAGCUGUCAGACCUUCCAUUGAAUAGUAACCUAGUUUUAAAGGCAGAUGGUUGUACUUCACUGAAAUACUUGUUUGAUGCAUCAAAUUUUAACAGAUUAAACGAAUCAUGUUUUGGUUCAGGUUUCAGUUUCAUGAAUUGCGUCAAUCUAAAGGGCAAUCAAGGAUGCAAUAGCAUGGCAUUUGAAAUGCUGAAGGCAUUCAUGUAUCAGGGACUCUCUAGUGAGACGGAAACUAUUUGAAUUGUAAUUCCUGGAAGUAAUAUUCCUGAGUGGUUCAGCCAUCGAAGUGUUGGGUGUUCAGUAUGUGUAGAGCUGCCUCCAGAUUGGGAUAGCAGUAGCUUUAUGGGAUUUGCUUUGUGUGUUGUUUUUGUACUCCAUGAGAACCAUCGUCUUAGUCGAUUCAAGACUUUUAACGAUGUUCAUUAUCUUUCCUGUAGCAUGAAGCUCAAUGGAGAAGAAUUCGCUGGAAAUAUCGGAAAGCCUUUAUUUUGCUUUCGUGAUGAAGUUUGCCCGUUUGAGUUGGAUCACAUGUGGCUAUUGUAUGUAUCUCGUGAUGGAUACUUUGGUAGUAUAGGGUGGUGGCAUAACAUUUGCGGUCAGCUUAAUUUCUUAUUUCAAACAAAUGAGCUGUAUCCGAAUGGGAAUAAGUGUGAAGUCUGUCUGUGUGGAGUCCGUCUGAUAUAUGAGCAAGACGUGCAAGAGUUGAACAAACAAACAACUCAAUCAAGCAGGAGGAUGUCUCCAGAUGAGGAUAUAUUGAUUGAUUUAGACAUUGCAGUUGAUGGGGAAACCAGUGGCACUGGUAGGUGUGGUAGCAGAACUUGCACGCUUGAAGAAUUGUAGGAGUGGCAGAAAUAUAGGGGAUCCACCACCGGCCACUCUGAAAGACCACAAUUAAGGACUUUCUGAUCCCUUGGUUGGAAAUGAGUUGCAGAUCAUGAAUGGCCAAUGCAUCCUCUUCUCUCAUUUGAAUUUUUGCAGUAAUUACUUUCUGAAGCUCUCUUGCCUUCGUCUUUUACAGUUAGGUUCAAGGCAUUCCAUUUGAUAUAUAGAUAGCAAGGGUCAAGGCAGUACAUAUGUAUAAAGGUUACUUGAACUUUCCUCGUAAUCGAGUAGGUGCAAACUUAUGUGGACUUGAUCAGCUUACUUUCCUCUUUCCACUUUCACUUAUGAAACUUGAAUUCAGCAAGAGGAAGGGGGGAAAUGGUUGGAUGUUGGUUUUAACUAAAGUUGGGUUUAAAAUGGAAUUAACUGCUAGAAGUUUAAAGAAGUUACCUGAGACAUGGCCCUGUCUGUGCAUAGGUGUUUGACUUCUUUUGGCUGGACAUAAUAUGUGUAUUGCUUUCCAUCUUCCUUACCAGUUUGCGUGAAGUUCUGUUUUGAUGUAAUGUAUAUUUUGUCGAGAUGUACGAACUUUUCGUUUGGGUUUUUGUUUUAUAGUUUUUUCAAUUAUGUUCUGCAUAAUUGUUGAAUUAUUCGAAAGAGAUUGUAAAAGAAAAAUUAAAUAAAUCUGAUGUUGAAGAGA